AUGAAAAGUAAGGUGGGGGGGCUAUAAAGGCUGAAGUCCGGCAUCAACCAUCCUGUGUUGAAGUGGACAGGUGAGGAGGACAGGGUCACAUGGUUGAGGAAAUAUUUGGUUCUUCCACCUAACAAAUUUCAAUUAGUGAGUUGUAAGACUACAACAAUGUGCUCUGGGAGCUUCGCUAAGUGUUUGGGGAUCAGUCUGAUGCCCCUGGCAAUUGUGUGUGUGCUGUGCAACAUCCUUCUCUUCUUUCCUGGUGGGAACACUGUGGAAAGUGAAAAGAUCACAGAGGAGGUGUGGUACGUUGGAGGAAUUUUUGGCUCUGGAGUUUUGAUGAUCUUCCCAGCCGUGGUCUUCCUGGGUCUGAAGAACAACGACUGUUGCGGUUGCUGUGGCAAUGAAAGCUGUGGAAGGAGAUUUGCGAUGCUGAGUUCCAUACUGUUUGCGGCUGUGGGUCUUGUAGGAGCUGGUUACUCCGUCAUAGUUUCAGCUGUUGCCAUAAACCACGGACCCGAAUGUCUGGCUGAAGUAAACAGCACAUUUGUGUGGAUGUAUCCCUUCACCAAUGGUGACUACCUGACUGAUUCAACCAUAUGGUCAAAAUGUAUCGAGCCCACUGGUGUGGUGUCAUGGCAUCUCUCCCUGUUCUCUGUUCUGCUGGUCAUGGGUUUAUUGCAGAUGGUGCUGUGUGCUGUGCAGGUGCUAAACGGGCUACUGGGAGCUCUGUGUGGGGACUGCUGUGGCUGCUGUGGCGGGAAUGAUGGCGCUGUGUGAACAGGACUUGUGGCUGAGCUCAACGUUUGGCAGCAUUUUCCUUUGUAUUUAUUUUACUUGUAGAGAGUAGGUUUUGACAAAAGGAGCUACUUAAUUACAGUGUAAUGUAUAUUCCUCAACAACACUGUUGAAAUGACAGCGCCCAGACUUAGAAAAUUUAAACGGCUGCAAAUUCAUUUUCUAUAUAUUUUUUUGAUUUUUAAUUGCUUAUUUGCAAUGCAUUGGUACAAUUUAAAUGUAAUAAAUAUGUUGUUGAAACAAUGGAAAAUAAAUAAUAUUUUCAGAUGCAUGAAUCUCCCAGCCACAAUCACAACCAGGCAGUGAUUACUGGAGGAAACUUUAUAAGACUGUCCCCUUGUGUGCUCUUUUAUUGUUGUUUCACUUGUGAGUGUUUUACAUCCAAUGGCAAACAAUUAGUUGUGUCAAAGCACCUAUAACUGCUUUCAAUAAAAUAUUUUACCUCACGUUGGUUCAUAUUCAAAUAAAAAAAUAUCAGUGA